CGAUUAAAUAAGUCAAUUUAUUAAUUUUUGGUAUUAAUCAGUCAUUUUUCAGCUAUGGCCCUGCUCGUGACAAUACUAUUUUUUGGAGUUGCUGCUGUAUCAGCACUUCCUCAUGGGAUCACCCCAGCGGACCUGUGGGACAAAACAAUUGAUCUCGCAGCUGUCGCCAGAUACAACCCUGACACUCAAAACAUAUACCAUCUAUACACUAGGUUGAACCCCACAGUUAGUCAGCCUCUCCUUCUGGGCAGCCAGGGUCUGCUGGGCAGCACCAACUUCAGCCCAAACAGAAGAACUAUUGUCCUUCUCCACGGCUGGCUGGAUUCCAUCACUGCUGACUUCAAUACUGUGCUUAUACCAGCCAUUCUGUCAGCGGAAGAUGUCAACGUUAUCGGAGUUGACUGGAGCGCCGGCGCCGGCACCAUCAACUACUUCACCGCCGUCACCAAUACAGUGCCAUCUGGCGUCAGCGUGGCUCGAUUCAUUUCUUGGUUGAACCAAGCCACUGGAGCUAAUUUAAACUCUUACCAUAUUAUUGGGCACAGUCUUGGUGGGCAUCAGGCUGGCAUCAUCGGGAGAAACCUUGGAGGACAGGUGGCUUACGUCACUGCCUUGGACCCGGCUCUACCAUCAUGGACAUCCAACAACGAGAGGUUUAGGGAGUCUGAUGGGGUAUAUACCGAAGUCAUUCAUACCAACGCCGGCAACCUGGGUUACCUGACACCUCUGGGACAAGUGGACUUCUACCCCAACGGUGGGAUUGGGAUGCCUGGUUGUAACAACAUGGAUUGUGACCAUAGCAGAUCGUUCCAUUACAUGGCUGAGUCGUUCAGGUCUGGUGGCUUCACAGGCACCCGCUGUGCCUCCUACCUGACCGCUAUGACGGGCAACUGCUUCCUAUGGGGCAAUCUCCAAAUGGGUGGGCUGGUGCCUAAGACUGGACAAUCUGGAAUAUUCUACCUCCAAACCAACGCUGGACCCCCAUUCUCGCGAGGCUGAUCUCCAAGAUUUGACUGAAGACUUAUCCUUAAUACUCAACCGACUUCAAAAA